CUCUCUGUCUUUCUCUCUCCUCCAUGCGGAUCAGGAGGAGACCACAGUCGUCUUCUCUCUCGUUGUUGCAAAGCUCAGAUCCAUCCACAUCCACCGCACCCCAGACGCCGCAGAAUGCAGCCGCGAGAAGCCGGGAGUGGAUGCGGGGAGGGAAGGAGGAGGAGGACGGCGCUGCUGCAGGGAGGAGGCCGCUGCAUCAUGCGACUGUGGAUCUUGGCAAGAAAUCCGGGGUGGCCAGGCGCCUGGCAUUGCAGCAGGACAAUGGAGUGGGUUGCAGCAACAGCAAGAGACCGGGUGCAGGUGCAGAGCAAGGAGCUAAAGAUGGUACUCACAGGAGUUUGGUGAACGGGCACCGUUGCGGUCUCGAUGAGAAGGAGAGCUCGCCAUGCACCGGCGGCGAGGUGAGCAAGCAGCCCGAGCCGGCGACCGAGGUGGCGGCAGGAGAGCCGCCGGUGAGCAAUGGCGCCGCGGCGCCUGUUGCACCGGCCGUGACCGUGGCUGCAAAGGAGGGGAAGAGCGUCGGCAACGGCAAUGGCGGGGUGGCCAAGAAACGGCGCGGCGGCCCGGCGGUGCUGAUGGAGGGGUCCCGGUGCAGCCGCGUGAACGGGCGCGGGUGGCGGUGCAGCCAGCCGACGCUCGUCGGCUACGCGCUCUGCGAGCACCACCUCGGCAAGGGCCGGAUGCGGAGCGUCACCGGCGCCGCCGCCGCCGGCGGACGCGGUGGCGCCAGCCAGCUCGGCCGCACCGAGCACACUAGGCUGCCUACUACCACUCCGACUCCAAGGAUCCCCGCCACGGCGCCGCCGACGAGCCGGGCCCCCUGAGUAGAACGACGCAGAAUUCUUGAGGUACAUUUUGGUCGGCGACGUGGAUUCUUGCCGUAUUUUGCCGUGACCAUUAAUGUCGGCGGUGGCAUGACCGCGCGCCAUGAGCAUGAGCAGUAGGAUGUGGUUGUUAAUCCGUGCUCGAAAUUUUUCACCGUGAUUUCGGAGUAAAUAGUGGCAUCAGCUCACGCAAAAGAGAAGAUUGAUUGCAACUUGCACCUGAGAGCAUAUUACCCACACACGCACAGCCUGCAUAAUUGUUGCCUGGCUGGUGCAACUCUGGAGACGGUAAA